AUGGCAGACGGAUACACAUCCAGCCCGCUCUCAGACCAGAGCUCCCCAACAUCUUCAUGGACCGCUGAUGCCACCAGGCAUUCCCCCAAGAUCAUCGUCUGGAACACGCCCGCCGACUCCCCAUGCAUGGCCGUUCUGGUCGACGAGCAAGUCAAACAGUUAUUUCGCCGAGUGCUUGGACGCUCUACUUCAUCCGCAGCAAGGUCCAUCCUAGCGCAUUUUCCAACAGUCCCCCAACCAAGCUGGGCAGCUUGUCUUCAAGAGCCCCUGCCAGUGCAGUAUCUCCUGGUUGCGCUGAAGGAGCUAACCGUCGUGGCGCCACACCAUCGCGAUGUUCGACAAGCCGUGAAAGAAGCCGGCGAGCUGGUCAAAUUCGAGGCAUUGAAGUUUAUCAAGAUCAUGCUCUGUGAAGAGUCUAAUCCAGAUCCCACAGCUGGGAUCAUGGCGAUGCACUGCUUUUUGGCAUUGGGACUCCAUGUACCAACUUUCUACCCCAUUGCGAAGGGGUUCCUGCUCGACUUUCAAGAUGAGUCGGGAGGAGCGAUAUUGCUUCUCAAGGGGCUCGAUGGCGGCAUAUACCAUGCCCAAUUCUCAUUUGCGAUGUUCAAAGACACGGUGAACUAUUUUCGCCACAAUAAAGUCCAAGGGCUGAGUCCGGAGGCAACCUGA